CAAAUUUAAAAGUUGGCACAUUUUUCCCAAAUUAAAAAUCAAAGUAAGAAAAAAAGAAGACUUGUCCAAAAAAAAAAAAGACUAAAAAAAGUUCACUAGAGUCCAUUUUCUUCUUCUUCCUCACACCAAAAAGCUUCCAUUGAUUUCGCAUCAGAUCUUGCUCUCUCUUCUAUCUCUGCGAUUCUUCUGGAUCUUCUCAAAUCCAUGAAGGAAUCAGAUCUAACCACCGAACCAAUCGCACAAAAUCUAAUCAAGCUAAUAAGCAAUGUCUGUUUCUCAGUCUUCGUUUUCACAGUUCUCAUCUUCACAGUAAUCGCAGUAACUUACCAACCACCAGAUCCAUGGCUUGAAUCUGCUCCAGCACUCACCAAACUCCUAACCGAAACCGAAAACGCAACUUUCAAAAUCGACGGUUCGAUUCUCAAAACCGGCGAAGAUCUCGCUUCAUCUCCGUCAUCAUCACCUCCGUCGAACUCCACAGAGCAAGUCACGGAGGCGACGAUUGAGAAAUCCGAGGCGAAAAUCGGUAAUAUGACUGUGAAGAACUCUAUAGAUUGUGAUGAGGAUUUGAAGAUUGUGAAUUGUUCUGAUCCGAGAGUUUUAGUUGCUGUUGAGAGGUUUAAUUUGAAGGUUUUUAAAUCUAUUGUGUUCUUAGAGUACGAAACUCCGGUUAACGGAUCGAAACUAGACGAAUGCGAUGUUUCUUGGAGGUUUAGGAAUAAGAAGGAGAAGUCAUGGAGGAGAUACAGAGAUUUCAGGAGGUUUAGGUUUGGAUUUGGUGAGAAUUGUACUUAUAAAGUGUUUCAUACUAGUGGUUGGCAUUCUGGUGUUAAUGCUCGUAGGCCUAGGAUUAGUAGACCGAGCUCGAGUCGAGGAGCUCGCGGUGGUGAUUCGGAGAUUAAUGAUACGAUUCCGACUCUUGGUUCGCAGACGAGUUUCCGGAGAGGGAAGUAUUUGUAUUAUUCGCGGGGUGGUGAUUAUUGUAAGGGUAUGAAUCAGUAUAUGUGGAGUUUCUUGUGUGGUUUAGGUGAAGCAAUGUAUUUGAAUAGGACUUUUGUGAUGGAUUUGAGUUUGUGUUUGUCUUCGAGUUAUAGUUCUAAGGGGAAAGAUGAGGAAGGUAAGGAUUUUCGGUAUUAUUUUGAUUUCGAGCAUCUUAAGGAGACGGCUUCGAUUGUUGAAGAGGGUGAGUUCUUGAGAGAUUGGAAGAAAUGGAAUCGGUUGCAUAAACGGAAAGUUCCUGUUAGGAAGGUUAAGACGCAUAGAGUGUCGCCUUUGCAGCUUAGUAAAGAUAAGAGUACGAUUAUAUGGAGGCAGUUUGAUACUCCUGAGCCUGAAAACUAUUGGUAUAGAGUUUGUGAAGGGCAAGCAUCGAAGUAUGUUGAGAGGCCGUGGCAUGCGUUGUGGAAGUCGAAGAGGUUGAUGAAUAUUGUCUCUGAGAUUAGUGGGAAAAUGGACUGGGAUUUUGAUGCUGUUCAUGUGGUUAGAGGCGAGAAAGCGAAGAACAAGAAGCUAUGGCCACAUUUGGAUGCAGACACAUGGCCUGAUGCGAUAUUGACCAAACUUAAAGGAUUGGUUCAGGUGUGGAGGAAUUUGUACGUUGCAACUAAUGAACCGUUUUAUAAUUACUUUGACAAGUUGAGGUCUCAGUACAAGGUUCACUUGCUUGAUGACUAUAGCUACUUGUGGGGAAAUAAGAGUGAAUGGUACAAUGAGACUAGUCUCUUGAACAAUGGGAAACCAGUUGAGUUUGAUGGGUACAUGAGAGUAGCUGUUGAUACAGAGGUGUUUUAUAGAGGAAAGACUCGCGUCGAGACGUUCUAUAACCUUACCACGGACUGCAAAGACGGGAUCAAUACAUGCUAAAUUGAUCAUUCAGGUUGUGAUAUGUUUUCAUUGUUUUAUUUGUUUGUGUAUCAAAUUCAGUUAUGCUUGUGUUGUUUACCUUGUGUUCUACUAGCUAUUGAAGAGUGUACGUAACGUUUACAUUUUUUGAUUCAUAUCCUUAAUUCUGUAAGAAGGCAACACCAAAGUGACAUAGCUGAUACAUAUCGAUUCAGGAAUAUAUUGUUUAUGAUUAUGCUUUUAACUAGAACUCUUUUAUCGAUCAAAACAAUCUUGUAUUGUUCAUCUGUGUAUCAUGAACGGG